AAUUCCACAUUCCAGAGUCCAGACAAUAUCCCUACUCCAAAAAAUCGUUUCGAUGACCUUCGACAUAGUAUAGUAUAGUUUAUACCAGCUUAUAGUUUUUGUUUGAUUAUAAUAGUUUCGAUUUAACACUUUACCCAUAUGGUUGCGAUUUGUUUGAAACAGUUGCACUUACACAAUAGAUUUACAAGUGUUGCUUCUAAGCAAGAACCAGUACAAAUGACUUCUACUUGGGAAGUAAAUAAUUUACCAAACAACAAACUUAACUCUGAAAUAUUCUGCAUGGAUGAUUCUGUAUUACAGAGUGACCCUCCGAAAGACAGAUGGAAUAUUGUGUAUCUGAUUUUAGUUCUACACGGAAUAGGAAUAUUAAUGCCUUGGAAUAUGUUUAUAAAUGCUAAAUCUUAUUUUGUGGAUUACAAGUUGGGACACGAUUAUUUAGGUGAUGAUUUGUACUAUGCGUCCAUUUUCAUGGCUUAUUUGACUAUUGGGUCACAGUUUCCCAGUCUUCUAUUCAAUUGGCUUAACAUAUUUUGUCCUAUAGGCGGAAAAUUGACGACUCGAAUUGUGUGGUCUAUUCUUACUGAAGUACUUUGUUUUAUUUUUACUGUUGCAUUGGUCAUGAUUAAUACUUCUCAAAUACCAGCUCUAUUUUUCUGGUCAACUCUGUGCAGUAUAGUAUUGUUAAAUAUGGCAAAUGGUAUUUACAACAGUUCUGUUUUUGGGAUGGCAGCUAAACUCCCUGCAAAAUAUAUUGGUGCUGUAGUUCUUGGUACAAAUUUAAGUGGUACAUUUACAUCUAUCGCUAACAUUGCAUCAAUUUCAAUAACUCCAGAUGCUCGAACUGCUGCUAUAUAUUAUUUCACCACCGCAUUGUUUGUGUUGCUUACCUGCUUUAAUACAUACUUUGCAUUGCCAUCAAAUAGAUUUUAUAAGUUUCAUGAACACAUUUAUCUACAAAAAAUCGAAAAUCAAGAUUUAAAACAAUGUGGAGAUGAUGAUAAGAUUCCUUAUUGGAGUAUUUUUAAACAAGCUGGUCCACAAUUAAUUAAUGUAUUUUUUGUAUUUUUUGUCACUCUUUCAAUAUUUCCAGCAGUUCAUUCAGAUAUUAAAAUGUCAAGUAAAGAUUUUAUUUUCGGAGAAACAUAUUAUACCAGUGUAAUGUGUUUUUUGACAUUCAAUGUAUGCGCACUUAUUGGAACAUAUCUUUCUACAUUGGUUUCAUGGCCAAAGCCAAAAUGGCUUUUUGUUCCUGUGGCAUUAAGAAUUCUUCUUAUUCCAUUAUUUUUGAUUUGUAAUUACCACCCAAUCGGUGUUACAAGAAUAAUGCCAGUGUUAAUAGAAAAUGAUUAUGUAUUUUGGACAUUAGGAGCAAUCCUUGGAUUAUCUAGUGGUUAUUACAGUUCUGUAGCAAUGAUGUAUACUCCAAGCUGUGUUGAACCAAGGUACAGUGGCAUUGCAGGUAUGUUUGGAGCUGCUGUGCUGCUCACUGGCAUUUGUUGUGGGAUACUCUUCGGAAUGAUAACACCAUUUAUUGUAAGACAUGUGUCUAUAUAAAAUAUAAAUUAUAAUGUUUUAAAACUUUUUCAUAUUUAAUAACACUUAUUUUUCUGCUUUAUGUAUUUUAAAGAAUUAGACAUUCAUUAUAACUAUGUUAUAAUUAGGUUUACUAACCUUGAUUUAACCACAAUUUGCUAUAGGUACAUAUCAAAAUAAAUUUAUAAUACAUAUAAAUUAUUACAAAUAUUAUUAGA